GUUUUGUUCUGUUGUUCAUGUUCUUCCAACUUCUCCCAACAAAACUUCCUCCACAAAACAGUGACUUAUUCGUCCAUAUUUAAAUUUAAUAAACCUCUCAAAAUGGGAAACACAUUCUCACAAAAACUAUUUACCAUUUUCUAUCUUCUUCAUAUUUUAACCCCAAUUUUGCAUGCAGCUUCACCCAACAUUGUCAAAUCUGUACCUGGAUUUCCCGGCAUUCUCCCAUUUUAUCUUGAAACUGGAUACAUUGGAGUGGGAGAUAAUGAAGAGGUGCAAUUAUUUUAUUAUUUCAUAAAAUCGGAGAGAAAUUAUGAAAGAGACCCACUUAUGGUCUGGCUUACUGAAGGCCCUGGAUGUUCUGCUCUUUCUGGACUUGUUCUUGAGAUUGGUCCUCUGAUUUUUAAUAUUUCAGCCUGCCAUUGGCACUCUGAAGUACCAACAUAUCAGUUAAAUCCAUCUUCUUGGACAAAGAUAGCUAACAUAAUAUUUCUGGAUUCACCUGUUGGCACGGGAUUCUCUUAUGCAACAAAUCCAGAAGGUUACUACAGUGAUGAUAUUACAUCAUCAAGGCAUAUUUAUAAAUUCGUGAGAAAGUUGCAAACAAACAGAAUCAAAGAAUGCAUUUCACUAUAA